CGCCAUAUUGUGUGACACUAUUUUGAUUCUUAUCUGUUGGAAGAGAGAAAGGAAGAGAAAAAAUCAGGGGGAGCAGAGGAGGAAGCGCAGAAGAGCUGUCAGAAGAGAGCGAAGCAGCGGCAGCGGCGCGGGAUUCGCGAGCGGAGUCGGGCCUGCUUCUGUCCGCAGAUCCGCGGCGCUGACACGAAGAUGCUAAGAUAGUCAAUGUGAGCCAGUGCUGUGGUCAAGUCCGUUCUGUUUUGGCAGUAGACGAAUGGCACAGGGAAACCAACAGAUUGACAAUCAGGUUCUGCACCACCUGCGGCACAAGUUUCCAGAGGUUCCCGAGGACGUGGUGUCCGAGUGUGUCCUGCAGAAUAAGAGCAAUUUAGCUGCGUGUUGUGAGUACCUGACCAAGGUGAGUCCUAGUUUCUUGUAUAGCGAAGGCAGCCAGAGUUUGACAGAUCUUCGCAAUCACAUGACCCAGCUCAACCUUGUCUCUCAGAAUGCCCAUGAUGCAGUGCAGCGAGAUGUAGUGAGGAUGAAUGGCAGCAGGACUGUCACCCCCAGCGCGAGUGAUGGGCCUUUGACCGUGCCGUCCCCUCUCUCCGAGCUCUACCAGCCCGAAACAACAUCCCUGCCGACACACACACCCACAAGCCUUGGCACCUUCACCACCAUGGAGUCCACUCGCAAGCCACAGCCUCCUCAGCACCUGGGCCUUUACCAGGUCGGGGGCAAAGGUCACGGACCACCUCCCACUCCACGGUUCAACCCGAUCACAGUGACACUUGCGCCCAACACUGGCCGUAACACGCCGACCUCCCUGCACAUCCACGGAGGGCCUCAGUCGGGCCUGAACAGCCCAAACUCCAUCUACAUCCGGCCGUACGUGACCCAGCCGGGCUCCACGCGACAGGUGCAGGGCCGGGCUCAGUACAGCCCCACCUCACAGCCUGCUCAGCAGAUCUACCAGAUCAGCCACCCCGCAGCCUCCCAGAGCUCCUGGAGCGCCGGCCAGCACCAGACCUCACACGUCUACAUGCCCAUCAGCUCGCCCACCAACACCCAGGCGCCCUCCAUCCCCUCGGCCGUCGCCUUGCAGGCCGCCACCUCCUCGCCCUCACCGUCCUCCAGCUCGUCCUCCUUUAGCCAGUACAACAUCCAGAACAUCUCGACCGGGCCGCGGAAGAAUCAGAUUGAGAUCAAGCUGGAGUCUCCACAGAGGGUGUCCGGAGGGUCGAAGGCGACGCUCCUGCGCUCCGGCUCUGCACCACGAGCCGCCUGUAGCUCCACAUCUUCAUCCUGUCCUGCGUCGUCUUCGCUGGCUGCAUCCACGGGUUCCUCCACUCCCAUCUCGAUCGGCGGCGCUGGGCUGAGUCGCAGCCAGCCCACGGUGUACAUCUCCCCAUCCCCGCCCGCUGCGGACGACUGUGCCCUCGUUCCCAACACCCCUCGCUCGCAGCCUAAGUUCUACAUCUCUGCGAACGCGUCGGCUGACGAUGGAGGGGCGAGGAACCCGCCAACGCUCUAUAUCUCAGCCAAUCCCACGCUGCAGGGCUCUGCCGGUCUGCGGGCUUUAGGGAGUCAGGUGAGCAUGGGCCCUGCGUAUAUACACCACCACCCGCCCAAAUCCCGUCCCUCUGUGGGAGCAGGAGGCACAGCCACGUCUCCUCGUGUGGUGGUGACACAGCCCAACACCAAAUACACCUUUAAAAUCACUGUCUCCCCCAAUAAACCUCCGGCUGUGUCUCCUGGGGUGGUAUCGCCCACGUUCGAGCCGACAAACAUGCUCAGUCUGCCGGGCGAUCACCAUUACACGGAGCAGGAUCCGCUGUACCAGUCUGACCCGCUCUCAUCUCAACGGGACAAAAGCUCGGAGCCACGCAGACUCAGCAUGGGUGCGGAUGAUGCCGCAUACACACAAGCUCUGCUGGUGCAUCAGAGAGCUCGUAUGGAGCGACUGUGGCACGAGUUAGAGCAGAAGAAGAGGAAGCUGGAGAAGCUGAAAGAGGAAGUCAACGAGAUGGAGAAUGACCUCACACGGAGACGAAUGCAGCGCUCCAACUCCGUCUGUCAGAUACCAUCUAUUGAGGAGAUGCAGCAGUUGCGGUGUAAGAACAGACUUCUACAGAUCGAUAUUGAUUGUUUAACCAAAGAGAUUGACCUCCUUCAGACACGAGGACCAGACUUCAAUCCCAUUGCAAUUCACAAUUUUUAUGACAACCUUGGAUUCUUGGGUCCUGUACCUCCCAAACCUCCCAAAGGUCCUACGAAACCAGAGGGCAGCCGGAGCGCCAGGCUCGUGUCGGAGCCGGAGGAGGACGAUGGUGUUCAGUGGAGCUGCACCGCCUGCACCUUCCUCAAUCACCCUGCUCUCAUCCGCUGUGAAGAGUGUGAAUUCCCCCGGCAUUUCUGAGCCACGCCUGUCCUCUCGGCCCGUGUGUGUGUGUGUGUGUGUGUGUGUGUGUCUUGUGAUGUCCACUGAAGACUGGAUGAUGUUUACAGCUCUUUCUGUCUGUACAGUGUGUGUGUGUGUGUGUGUGUGUGUCAUGUGGGAGAUCAAGGGAAAUUUCCCCCGCUUGAUCCGUGAAGAGGCUUGGUGUUGCCGGUGAUAUUAACACUUUUAUUACAUCCACACACGGUUUACAGUGUGGGUUUGGAUGCCAGUGUGCCUUCUUUUCAUGGGGACUGAUUGUGACUGCUUUGCCCAUGCUGUUCCCAAAGGAUCAUGGGAGGAAUCUGCUCAACUAACAGUUCUCUUGUUUGAUCAAUGAAAUGCAAAAAAGAAGAAAGAAAAACCCCUGCAUGUUUUAGAUGUACAGUUUACAGAGGAGUCUCCGCCACAGAUUUUACUGUACAUAGUUUAAGAACAAGCAUUUCUUUCUCAAGAAUUCACAUGUAUUUCCUGUAAGUAUAGCUUUAUAGACUUCAUUUAUUUCUAUGCUGUUGUUUUCGUUUGUUUCUCUCAGAUGUGUAUGGAGCUUUUGUGAGAACCUAAAGGGAUGCUAAAACCGUGUAGCCUUGAAUAAAAAAGAAGCUCUGUCAAGCACUCUAUUCAGCGUACGAGCUGCAGACGCAGCAAAACUUAACUGAGAAAUUAAAAUAAAAUCUAGAUUUUAUUAACAAGGUACUUGACCUCAGAGCAGUUCACAGGAAAUUCACAAAGCCCUCCGAUAACAAACUCUUUCCUAUGUGACAACUGGAAUGUAGGUUUACUAUUAGUGGAACUGAUACCUUUGUGCCACGAAAGGAAUGAUUCUUUGCCAUGCUUUCAUGAAGCUUUUUCCCAUUAUUCGCAGUAAGGUGGGUUUGUGUUCACAAGGGCUUUGACACACCGAGUACUCGCCACUGGCUUUCAUGGUUCAGGUGUUGUAAAUUGCCAAAGCACAGGAGUCGAGUGCAGCAAAAUAUCUCACGAUGUGCCUUCGGUCUUUAUGUGGUUCUCUGUUACGGAUCAUGGUAUGUGGCAAUAUGCACAGUGCCUUAACUUACAGAUGUUACAGAAUUUAAACUUUAUUAUUAAACUGUAAUAAAGUUGCAGUUUUGUGACUUUAUUAGUUGAUUGAACUAUAACAAAUGUUUUGUCAUCCAUCCUUAUUAGAGUGCUAAUGCAUAAAUUGUGCAUUGAAAAGCUGAAUGAGAUUGUUAUUUAUAAAACCAAUAAAUACACAAUUUCCAAAUGCUGGUUUCUGGUAUCCAGGCUAAAAAUAACUUGGCUGUGGAGAAUGUUUAUUGCUCUGCUCUCUGUUUCUGAGAUGAGGCUAUUUUUGUCUCCAAAGACAUUACUCUCUGUGCUUACAUUUGAGAAAACCAAAGAAAUAAUCAGAUUUGUCUGUUAAUUGUUUAUGGAUUUUAAAAGAAAAGGGAGAGAAGAUCAAUGAUCUUAGUUGGGAAAACGGUCUUUGUAAUAGAUAAGUUAUUUGUAAAAAAUAAAAAUGAAAUAAAAAAUGAAACAAGAAAUAAA